ACUCCUCCUGGCUGUCGCUGUCACUGUCACCAUCGAACGUCAAUGGUUAAGGUGGCUUGCGAAUUUGCCAGUGGCAAUGGAAUGGGAUAGGCUUGAUCCAAAAAUCUAAUAAUUGAACGAAUAGAUUAGAUGUAUAUCUAGGUUAACUUGCCAAUAUUCUUUACGAUUUUCCGAUAAAAUUUCGCUAGUAUAACCCAUAUCAUGGCAGAUAGAGAUUUAUCAAUGGGCCCUCGAGAGGGAGUAAUAUACCCUUUAAAGGUACAGUAUUGCGGUAACUGUUCGAUGCCGAUAGAAUAUUGUGAAUAUUAUCCAGAGUACGACAAGUGUAAGCUGUGGCUCGAGAAGAACUUGCCCACGGAAUUUGAAAAAGUAAAGAUAGAUGAAGAAGAAAAUGCUGGUGGUGAAGAAGAAAAGAAACGACAAAAGAGAGGCGGCAAGGGUAUGCUCAAGUCGAAGAAGAAAGAGGACGUGCCGAAGCUUGUGCAGAUCUCACGCGCGCCACGUGGCAAGAAGAAAUCAGUCACAGUUGUGUCAGGACUUAGUACUUUUGAUAUUGACUUGAAAGUUGCAGCAAAGUUUUUUGGAACUAAGUUCGCUUGUGGUUCUUCAGUGACUGGGGAUGAUGAGAUUGUCAUCCAAGGGGAUGUAAAAGAUGACCUGUUUGAUAUUAUACCUGAAAAAUGGCCUGAGAUUGAUGAAGAUAGUAUUGAAGAUCUUGGUGAUCAGAAAAGAUAGUCACAAUCUUGAAGACAUAGUUAUAAUAAUAAUUUUAUUUCUGUCUUGCACCCAUUAUUUUAGUUUACAAAUAAUAUAAUUGCUUACAUUUUGUGUCGCUGCAAUGUGUAAAACAGAAAUAAAGUAUUAAUCCAA